AUGGCUGGAGGGACAGAUGGGAAAGAGGAAGAAGAGAAGGAGGUGUGGAGUGUUGAGGACAUCACCAGCUACGAGGGUGCGAUGGCCCAUCCUGCUGCACCGCCUCACCGCACAGCACCGCCACGUAUUCCAUCAGGCAUCCACUUAGGGCCAAAAUGUGCAUUAUGCGGUAGAAGAAAAUAG